GGCCGGGCUUCAGGUCCGACUUCCACACUGCUGGUGGCGGCGUGUGUGGAACCUUUUACACCCACCGACUAAAACCGGGAAAAUAUCUCAUUAAAACUCGCUUUUUUUUUUUAGCCUUAUCGUCCCCUCCGGAUCGAUAAAGGCUGACAAAGAGCUGUUAUUUUUUUUCUCAUCUUCAUCACCCCCCCCCUCCUCCUCCUUCCUCCUUCCCUCUCCGCGCGGCGUGAGUUUCACGUGGAGACCGUGGGUUCAUCCUCACUACGACUGAAUCAUCCAUCAUUGAGUUUACAGCAGUUCACAUUCACUGUGUUUGAGAUGGCAACGUUGAUCCUAGAGGACGGGACGACGUUCAGGGGCCUCCUGUUCGGGGCAAACGUGUCAGUGUCGGGAGAAGUUGUGUUUCAGACGGGCAUGGUGGGCUACCCCGAGGCUCUCACUGACCCAUCCUACCGCUGCCAGCUGCUCACCCUCACUUACCCUCUGGUCGGCAACUACGGCGUACCAAAGGACGAAGAUGGAGACUUUGGAUUGAGCAAGUGGUUUGAGUCGUCGAAGAUCCACGCUGCGGCUCUGAUCAUCGGAGAGCUGUCGGAGAGUCCCAGUCACUGGAGUUCAGUCAAGUCACUGGACCAGUGGCUCAAAGAGCAAGGCAUUCCUGGAUUACAAGGCAUCGACACUCGCCGUCUCACCAAAAAGAUCCGAGAGAAGGGCACCAUGUUGGGGAAGCUGGUCGUGGACGGGACUCCUGAGGACAGUAUCCCCUUUGAUAACCCGGACAAGAGGAACCUGGUCCAGGAGGUCUCCAUGAAGGAGCCCAGAGUAUUCAACCCCAGCGGUAGUCUGCGAAUCACAGUGGUGGACUGCGGCAUCAAAUACAACCAGAUCCGCUGCCUGGCUCAGAGAGGAGCCCGUGUGACUGUCGUACCCUGGGACCACCCGUUGGACAGCACAGAUUUUGAUGGUUUGUUCAUCAGUAACGGCCCCGGGGAUCCCCAGCUCUGUCAGACCACCAUCAACAAUGUGAGGAAGGUGGUCUGCGUCGAACGCCCCAAGCCGGUUUUCGGCAUUUGCCUCGGACACCAGCUGCUCUCUUUAGUCAUCGGAUCGAAGACCUACAAGAUGAAGUACGGGAACCGUGGCCACAACCAGCCGUGCAUCCACAAGGGAACAGAGCGCUGCUUCAUCACCAGUCAAAACCACGGGUUCGCCGUCGACCCCGACACCCUGCCGAAAGACUGGGACGUCCUCUUCACCAACGCCAACGAUCAUACCAACGAGGGCAUCGUACACAACACGCAACCCCUGUUCAGUGUUCAGUUCCACCCAGAGCACAUGGCUGGACCCACAGACCUGGUCGGCCUGUUUGAUGUCUUCCUCGACACCGUGAAAGACCACAAAGAGGGCAACGCUACCAAAUCUGUGAAGCAGCGUCUACUGGACCACCUUACCUACCCGGGUUCCACAAAGCCUGAAGAGGUGUCCCGACCCAGGAAGGUCCUCAUCCUGGGCUCUGGAGGACUGUCCAUUGGCCAGGCUGGGGAGUUCGACUACUCAGGCUCUCAGGCUAUUAAGGCUCUCAAGGAAGAGAAUAUCCAGACUGUGCUGAUCAACCCCAACAUUGCCACUGUCCAGACCUCCAAGGGCCUGGCUGACAAAGUCUACUUCCUGCCGAUCACACCGGAUUAUGUAACCCAGGUGAUAAAGAACGAACGUCCUGACGGCGUGCUGCUGACCUUCGGCGGUCAGACCGCUCUGAACUGCGGCGUGGAGCUGACCAAGCUGGGCGUCCUGGAGAAGUAUAAAGUUAAGGUUCUGGGAACGCCGGUGGCCUCCAUCGAGAUGACUGAAGACCGGAAGAUCUUUGUGGAGAAAAUGGAAGAGAUCAAUGAGCAUGUCGCUCCCAGUGAAGCAGCACUGUCUGUAGAGCAGGCAGUGGCUGCUGCAGAACGUCUAGGCUACCCUGUUCUGGUUCGGUCUGCGUUCGCUCUCGGUGGUCUGGGCUCGGGCUUCGCCAACAAUAGAGAGGAGCUAACCUCUCUGGUGACAUCAGCCUUCGCCCACACCUCCCAGGUACUGGUGGACAAAUCCCUGAAAGGUUGGAAGGAGAUCGAGUACGAGGUGGUCCGCGAUGCUUACGACAACUGUAUCACUGUGUGUAAUAUGGAGAAUAUUGACCCUCUGGGCAUCCAUACUGGAGAAUCCAUCGUUGUGGCGCCCAGUCAGACGCUUAACGACCAUGAAUACAACAUGCUGAGGAACACGGCCAUCAAAGUCAUCAGGCACCUCGGCAUCGUAGGAGAGUGCAACAUCCAGUACGCUCUUAACCCCGAGUCUGAACAGUACUACAUCAUUGAGGUGAAUGCCCGUCUGUCGCGCAGUUCGGCCCUGGCCAGCAAGGCGACGGGUUAUCCUCUGGCCUAUGUAGCGGCUAAACUUGGCCUGGGGAUCCCGCUGCCACAACUCAAGAACUCAGUUACCAACUCGACUACAGCGAACUUUGAGCCCAGCUUGGAUUACUGUGUUGUGAAGGUGCCUCGCUGGGAUCUGAGCAAGUUCCUCAGGGUUUCCACCAAGAUUGGCAGCUCCAUGAAGAGUGUUGGCGAGGUGAUGGCUAUUGGCCGCAGCUUUGAGGAGGCCUUCCAGAAAGCUCUGAGGAUGGUGGAUGAGAACUGUGUUGGCUUUGACCACACCAUCAAGCCUCUCUCUGAAAAGGAGUUGCAGACUCCUACAGAUAAGCGCAUCUUUGUUUUGGCGUCGGCCUUCAGAGCCGGUUACACGGUGGACCAGCUGUACGACCUCACCAAGAUCGACCGCUGGUUCCUGUACAAGAUGAAGAACAUAACCGACCACGAGCGACUGAUGGAGACGUACAACCAGGAUGAGAGUGCCAUGCCUCCAGAGGUGAUGCGAAAGGCCAAGCAGCUGGGCUUCUCAGACAAGCAGAUAGCACUAGCUGUGCAGAGCACGGAGCUCGUAGUGAGAAAGCUGCGUCACGACUGGUCCAUCAUACCUGUAGUGAAGCAGAUCGACACGGUGGCGGCCGAAUGGCCCGCUCACACAAACUACCUGUACUUAACCUACCACGGUACCGAGAACGACCUGCAGUUCAACGAUCAGCACGUCAUGGUGAUCGGCUCAGGGGUUUACCGCAUCGGCAGCAGCGUGGAAUUUGAUUGGUGUGCAGUCGGAUGCAUCACAGAGCUCAGGAAGAUGGGUUAUAAGACCAUCAUGGUGAACUACAACCCAGAGACCGUCAGCACAGACUACGACAUGUGUGACCGUCUCUACUUUGAUGAGAUCUCCUUCGAGGUGGUGAUGGAUAUCUAUGAGAGGGAAAACCCAGAGGGAGUGAUCCUCUCUAUGGGAGGCCAGCUGCCCAACAACAUCGCCAUGUCGCUGCACCGCCAGCAGUGCCGCAUUUUGGGAACCUCCCCCGAGUUCAUCGACUCUGCCGAGAACAGGUUCAAGUUCUCCCGAAUGCUGGACACCAUCGGAAUCAGCCAGCCACAGUGGAAGGAGCUCUCUGACACUGAGUCUGCUAUGAAGUUUUGUGAGACUGUGGGUUAUCCCUGCCUGGUUCGUCCCUCCUACGUUCUCAGCGGAGCGGCCAUGAACGUUGCCUACACUGACAGCGACCUCGAGAAAUACCUGAGUAGCGCUGUAGCUGUGUCCAAGGAAUACCCUGUUGUCAUCUCCAAAUUCAUACAGGAGGCCAAGGAGAUAGACGUGGACGCCGUAGCCUGUGACGGGGUAGUGAUGGCCAUCGCAGUGUGCGAACAUGUGGAGAAUGCUGGCGUUCACUCUGGGGAUGCCACACUGGUGACACCACCCCAGGAUCUCAAUCAGAAGACGAUGGAGAGGAUCAAGAUGAUCGUCCACGCCAUCGGCCAGGAGCUGCAGGUCACCGGACCUUUCAACCUGCAGCUGAUUGCCAAGGACGACCAACUGAAGGUGAUCGAGUGCAACGUCCGAGUCUCCCGCUCCUUCCCCUUCAUAUCCAAGACCCUGGGCGUGGACAUGGUUGCCCUGGCAACUCAUGCCAUUGUCGGAGAGGACGUGGAGCCAGUGGGCCUAAUGAGGGGAAAAGGGAUCGUAGGAGUCAAGGUUCCUCAGUUUUCAUUCUCUCGGCUGGCCGGCGCCGACGUGGUGCUCGGGGUGGAGAUGACCAGCACUGGGGAGGUGGCCUGUUUCGGGGAGAACAGAUAUGAGGCUUACCUCAAAGCCAUGCUCUCCACGGGCUUCAAGAUCCCCAAAAAGAACAUUCUGCUCUCCAUUGGCAGCUUUAAGAACAAGAGCGAGCUGCUGCCCACCGUGCAGUCUCUGGAGUCUAUGGGUUAUGACCUGUAUGCCAGUCUGGGUACCGCAGAUUUCUACACAGAACAUGGAGUCAAGGUGACAGCGGUGGAUUGGCCGUUCGAGGAGGACGACAGCGAGUGUCCCAAUAAAGAGAAGCAGCGCAGCAUCAUGAACUACUUGGAGGAAAACCACUUCGACCUGGUCAUCAACCUCUCCAUGAGGAACAGCGGCGGGCGCAGGCUCUCCUCCUUCGUCACCAAAGGCUACAGGACGAGACGCAUGGCCAUCGACUACUCUGUCCCGCUCAUCAUCGACAUCAAGUGCACCAAGUUGUUUGUGCAGGCUCUUCAUCAGAUUGGUAGGACUCCACCAGUGAAGACUCACAUUGACAGCAUGACAUCCCAGACGCUGGUCCGUCUGCCUGGUCUCAUCGAUGUGCAUGUUCACCUACGGGAGCCUGGAGCCACACACAAGGAGGACUUCUCCUCUGGUACGGCAGCUGCUCUGGCGGGAGGAGUGACCAUGGUGUGUGCGAUGCCCAAUACUUCGCCUGCCAUCACUGACGCCAGCACUCUGGCGCUGGUACAGAAGCUGGCCAAAGCGGGCUGCCGGUGUGACUACGCCCUGUAUGUGGGCGCUGCUUCAGACAAUGCCGCCGUCCUGCCAUCCAUCGCUAGCCAGGCCGCCGGCCUGAAGAUGUACCUGAACGACACGUACUCCACCCUCAAGAUGGACAACGUCUCUCUCUGGAUGGAGCACUUUGAGAAGUGGCCCAAGCAGAUGCCCAUCGUUGCUCACGCUGAGAAGCAGACGGUGGCUGCAAUCCUCAUGGUGGCUCAGCUCUACCAGCGACCCGUCCACAUCUGCCAUGUGGCCAAGAAGGAGGAGAUCCUGAUCAUCAGGGCAGCGAAGCAGAAGGGCAUUCAGGUCACAUGUGAGGUGGCGCCUCAUCACCUCUUCCUUUGCGAGGAAAACGUGGCAGAGAUCGGCGACGGACGAGCUCAGGUCCGACCCAUGCUGGGAACACACGAGGACAUGGAGGCCCUGUGGGAAAACCUGGAUAUCAUUGACUGCUUCGCCACAGACCACGCUCCCCACUCUGUAGAGGAGAAGAACAGUGAGCGUCCUCCUCCGGGUUACCCCGGCCUGGAAACGAUGCUGCCGCUGCUGCUGACAGCUGUCGGUGAUGGACGUCUCACUCUGGAUGAUAUCAUCAGACGUCUUUAUGACAACCCACGCAAGAUCUUCAACCUGCCUGUCCAGGAGAACACCUAUGUGGAGGUGGACCUGGAGCAGGAGUGGGUUAUUCCUCAGUCCAUGCAGUUCACCAAGUCAAAGUGGACACCUUUCCAGGGCAUGAAGGUGAAGGGUAAAGUCCGGCGCGUGGUUCUGCGAGGAGAGGUGGCCUACAUCGAUGGCCAGGUGUUGGUACCUCCAGGUUACGGUGAAGAUGUGAAGACCUGGCCGUCUGCUUCGAUCCCUCCUCCUGAAACUGUUAAAGAAAGUCCCAUGACUCCAGAGCCCCUACGUCCUACUCCUCCCCGGGAAGGCCCGGUCCGGACCAGAGCACCCAGCCCCCGACGACCUACAGGAGAGAGCCGCUACCUGCUGCCCCCUCGCAUCCACCGCUCCUCUGAUCCCGGACUCCCACCAGAGAUGUUUAUGGUCCCUCCAACCGGCGCUGGUGACGGUUACGGCCACCCUCCUCCCCUGUCCAGGCUGCUGUCCCCUCAGUCAGGACCAGGACUGAUACCUGCUGGACAGGCGACCCACUUCCAGACCUCUCCUCUGCUGCACGCACUGGUGGGCCAGCACAUCCUGUCCGUCAGACAGUUCAGCAAAGAGCAGUGUUUCGGCCAGUUCAUCCUCACCCCUCACAUCAUGACUGUAGCCAAAAAGAAGAUGGUAGUGAUGCAUCCGCUGCCCAGAGUCAAUGAAAUCAGUGCGGAGGUGGACACGGACCCGAGGGCGGCAUAUUUCCGUCAGGCAGAGAACGGCAUGUACAUCCGAAUGGCCCUGCUGGCCACCGUACUGGGCAGAUAGAUCCACGUUCUGCAUAUUUGUAGCACAAAUUGUUUAGAGUAAUAAGUGUUAGACACUGCCAUUUCCUUUCCUGAAAUCUGUGGGCUUCUUAUAUCCAGUCCUAGUAGGGGAGGUAGUAGAGUUAAAUGCAACAAUAAGACUCAGUCAUAGUUUCUAAAGUUAUAUUACAUUGUAACACGAUCCUGCUGCUCUUCUUCAGUUUGAUAGACCACGACUUGUUUUUCUUUUCAUCCAUAUCUCACCUGCAAGAAAACUGUAUUUCAUUACAGCAAAUUAACAUUUACCAUACACAGCUUCUUCACUACAAAUGAUUUAGAUGUAUUUGAAUGAGAUUGUUUGUGACGGUUAACAGACCAUCAGUAUUUGUGCGUCAGUGAGCCAACUGGAGGAGCUUUGGAAGAAUAAAGGGAGGUGGGCAUUAAAAUCAUCAGCAUUGUCGACACUGUGAUGUGUUAUGUUAGUAAAAUAAGUGUCUUGGUAGCUGGGUCAAAUGUGCAACCACUGUAACUAAGUUGCUGCACAGCUGUUUGCUCACUCUGCUGUAGGUACAUUUAAAGGGACCGGCUCGGAUAUUAAAAAGGAGAAAACGACUGAGGGUUUGCUCUAUUCUGACCAGUAAUGGUUGCAGUUAGAUUUACUGUAUGAAAAACCUUCUAUAACAUUCCCUUUCUUUCAACAUGUAACUGAAAACUGACAUUUUCAUUGUCUUCGGUGGUUCAGGGGUGAUUGCUGUAACUGUUAGUGGUUUCUUCCACCGUGGCAGUUUAGAAGAAAACGUUCUCUCUCUCCUUAUUUUAUUUUUUUUGCCAGAUGGGAAUCAGUCAUUUAAGUGUUGGUGAAUGACUUUGUAUUAUGUGGAGAAAAUAAAUAAUAAAAUAGUUUUCCCUUUGCA